AUGCCCACCUUGGACGACGGAGCAGGGCCGGACAAGGUCGAGGACGACCAGGCGUCCGCGCACAUUCACUCGCCUCACUCGGACGAUAUCCCCGAUGGCGGCAUCAUCGCGUGGCUCCAAGUCUUGGGCUCGUUCCUCAUCUACUUCAACAACUGGGGCUUGGCCAACUCGUUCGGUGUGUACCAGACAUACUACGAACGCGCAUGGCCGCUCGAGAGCUCAUCGAACAUUUCGUGGAUCGGCGCUAUCCAGUCGUUCCUUCUGUCCAGUCUGAGCCUGUUUGUGGGCCCCCUCUUUGAUAUGGGGUACUACCUGUACUUGGAAGUCGUUGGCGCCAUCCUCAUUAUCGUCGGCGUGAUGAUGACCAGUCUCUGCACAACCUACUGGCAGGCCAUGCUUGCGCAGGGACUCUGCAUCGGUAUCGGGAGCAGCUGCCUGUACAUUCCGUCCGUGAGCAUUCCUACUGCGUACUUUUCGAAAAAGCGCCCUUUUGCGUCGGGCCUCGCGACGUUGGGCAGCAGUGUCGGCGCGAUCGUCUAUUCGAUCGUCUUCCAUACCCUCGAGCCGACGCAUGGAUUCGAACAGGCGACACGCGCAAUUGGGUACAUUGCGCUUGGGACCCUGGUCGUGGCCGUCGCGCUCCUGCGCCCACGGCUGCGUACGAAAACGCGGCGCAGCAUCAAUUCGUUUGGCGCGCUGCGCGAGCCAGCGUACGCCAGUUAUACACUCUCGAUCUUUUUCAUGUUCAUGGGCAUGUACAUCCCGUUCUUCUACAUCACCUCCUACGGCAUCGAUAAAAUGCAUCUCGAGAGGCACAUGAGUUUCUACCUGAUUGCCAUCCUCAACGCCGGGAGCGCCGUCGGCCGCAUCCUGCCCAACUUUGUCGCGAACUACGUCGGAACGUUCAACGUGCUCGUGCCUGCUACCGUGCUGACUAUGAUCAUGGCGUACGUAUGGAUCGCCGUGCAUACCCUCGGCGGGAUUGUGGUGUUUGCCCUGCUUUUCGGCAUGGCGUCAGGCGCGUAUGUAAGUCUGCAAGCCGCAGCGGUCGCUGCUCUCAGUCGCGACAUGCGCGUCUUUGGCGGGCGUAUGGGCCUGGUGUUCCUCUCCGGCGGCCUUGGCGCGCUGAUCGGCAAUCCCAUUGCGGGUGUGUUGGUGAAUCGCACUACAGGCAGCUACUGGCGCACACAGGUGUUUAGCGGCUCGUUGGUCGCAGGCGCUGCGCUCUGCCUCGUUGCAUGCCGCUGGAUCCUCGUACGUACCAAGUGGCUCGUCAAGGUGUAA